GCAGACGUACUUGAUCAUACAGUAUGAAUCAUACAUUGUAUAUAUAUAUAUAUAUAUAUGAGCUUUUUGGGCCUAAGUGUUGUGAAACUAGACCCAAAGACCCUGUCAGAAACAUCAACAUGCCACAGCAACUGGUCAAGCUUCGGGUGUUCUUCCAGGUCUUCGGAGCUUCGCAGUCUGGGGCUUCCCUCCGCGGCUGGUGACCCCGAACUUUGGAGGGCCGCACAUGCACCCGAACCGCCUGCGCGGCUACCCCAACCCCAUCAAGAGGAACCCGGACAAGGUGCGGCGGCUGCCCAACGUGAAGCUGAAGCGCUUCGACUACAGUCUCACCACCUCAGCGGAUGGCUUGUUCUACCUGAGGCCCCCCUACCCGCCCCGCAUCAAUCGGACCAUUGAGUGCGAGCCGCCGGGGAAAGCGAAGAAGAACCCCUGGCCCACCACCGUGCACAAGGAUUACAAGCUGAAGUGGAAGAACAUCGAGUACAUCUUCGUCCCGGAGCUAACCCGCAAGCCUCAUGGCACGCCGCAGCGCCGCUGGACGGGGCCGGUGACGCGUGUGGAGCACCGCGAGGGGAAGGCCAAGGUCACCAUGGUGACGCACGACGCGCGGCUCCUGGACUGGUGAACUGGCCCCGACUGACAGGGUCCAAAAAGAUACGGCUGAACUUGCGCCGUGGCGUCGUAUUUACCGCGGGGGGGCGCAUGGGGCGCCACAUCU